AUGCUCAACAAGACGACACAUCAAUUCGCAUUUCACGACAUUCCCCUCGAGUGUGAUGUCUAUGACGCCGACGACUACCCGAACACCCGUCCGGUAUUCCUCUUCUUCCAUUCUGGUGGCCUCGUUGGAGGAGCCCGUAUCUGCCUGCCCCCGUGGUUGGCGCAAGUCUGCUUCGAACGCCAAUGGCCACUAAUCAGCGCGAGUUAUCGACUACUUCCCCAGAGUGGCGGCCAGGGGCUGCUGAAAGAUGCUCUCGCGGCACACGCAUUCGCGCAAUCCUGGAAGGCUGAAGACAACGGCAAGAAACGCAGCGUCAUCGCUGGCGGUGCAUCCGCAGGGUUUUUUAUGGCAAACCUCCUUGCCCAUCACGCAAAGACACUGCCGGUCGCUUUACUUGGAAUCACCGGGAUUCCAACGUUUCGUCACCCCUUUUUCAACUCGUCUACUCUCCUCACACCAGAGCCAAUCGACGACCAGGACAUGGCUCCGUACAUUGAUAACCCAGUGGAAGUUGGAUCCACCUCCCAAGCCGAUAAAACCGUUUUCUUUCUUGAUCGUAUCUUGCCGUCUGGCCGGCAGAACGCCGAUUUUGUGCAGCCUGUGGUCAAGCCAGUCAUCCCACUACCUGACUCCAAGUGGUAUCGUGGAUGUCUGUACGACUACUUUCUUCACAGGAACAAGUUUCUCGACCUGGUAGGUGACGUUGACGCAGGCUUCGAAUGGACAAAAUCAAACCCAGAUAAGCUGGCCGCCUGGCCGCCUACUGUUUUCAUCCAGGGAGACAAAGAUUAUGAUGUCUCAGUAGAUGUUACAUUAUACGUAGUGAAUUGCUUGGGCAUUGAGAAAGCUACACUGUGGCUGGCCAACAAUCAAGGUCAUCUGUUUGAAGCGACCUCGUUCAUAGAAGACCAAGGUCAAGGCAUGGAUGCUGUUCAGAAGGCUAUUGCAAGCUUGGAUGCAUUUUUAUCUCCUGAGGUAGCAAGGCUAGAUAGUUGA